UGGCAGAAAACCUGCGGUGACGUUGCACGGCAUCUACCUGGACGAACGUCUCUUUCUUCUGCAAACACCAAGGCCGCACAUCGUCAUCGUCCCCCCUCCGUCCACCCUUUUGUUCAGCCAUCACUCUUGAACAGGGUUCUUUCUCACUCGCUUUUACCUUCUUCUCCUCUCGCAAGAAACUCGGUCACCUUUCUUACCCACACACCAACACCUCCAGUCCUAUCCUCAAUAAGACCAAAACGCCAAAGUCGCAAAGAAACCAAAGACAACCCAAAACAAAUACUACAAACACCAAGCCGAAAAACCAAACCAACACACCGCCCAAAAUGUCAGCAGACACCCGCCCAAUAUCCCCAACCCAAUUCGCCUCCGCCCUCCGCGACCUCUCCCUCCCGACCCUCCACCUCAAAGCCCUCGAGAUCCGCAACUCCAUCCUCCACCUCGAAUACUCAAACGCCCAGCUCGCCCCCUACGCAGCAGGCGACGCCACCACCCUCGACUCGGCGACCGACGCCUCGGCGGGCCACGGCCCGGACCCGACCUGCGUCGAAGCCAUUCGCGAAAACGACAUCGUCAUCGCCCGCAUGCGCGAGCGCGUCCAGAUCAUCCGCGACGAGGUCGAGGGCAGGGGACACUCGUGGAACGAGUUCAAGAGUAAAGAGGAGGUCGAGGAGGAGGAGGCGGGCCAGGGGGCGGCGGAUCGGAGGGGGAUCACGAGCGAGUCCGUGGCUGGCGCGAACGGUGUUAACGGGAACGGGAUCCCCGCGACCAACGGCCUUGGUGCGGCGGCUGCGGAGGAGAAUAGGAUUGCCGCUGGACGUCAGGGUGCACCGGCGGCGACCAACGGUGGUGGUAGUGGUGGUGGCUCGUCGACUGCUGCCGCGAGCUCGUCACACCCUGCUUGGAUGGACGGUACAUUCCAGAUGGGUACGAUACGCAACGGUGUGAUCACGAUGGAUGGCCCCCCCGCGCAAUCUACUCAGUCUUCUCAGCAAGCAAAUGGCACAGGUGGACGCCUGGCGGACGAUGAACUGCGGCGGGCGAUGGAGGAGCGCAUGAGAGGUCUCGGCGAUGACGACGAGGACGGCGGAAUGCAUCUGUAGGAGCACGAUAGAAGAGGCUGGAUGGUACACGGGGUUCGCAGUUAUAUGAGGCGUUGGUCAUCGUCGAUGGAGUUGGAUCAAACAAAAAAAGGAAAACGGAUCAGAUCAUUCAACGUUGGGACACACAAGAAUUCGGACAGAGCAAUAAUACCCUUCAUGUUCCUAG